UCGCUUGGUGGAUGGAGAAAAAAAACCAUCAAUGGGCUAUAUUUAUGAAGCAAUGGAUAGAGCCAAAGAAGCUAUUGAAAAGGGUUUUCAUGGCGAUUGGAAGCAAUAUGAGAAAGUUUUCGAAAUCAUUGAUCGGCGGUGGUCGGACCAACUUCAUAGACCUUUGCAUGCAGCAGGCCAUGUUUUGAACCCGGGAUUGUUUUACACUAAUUAUCAAAAUAAGACUUUAUCAACAGAAGUGUGGGAAGGUUACCUUGAAUGUGUUGCUAAGAUGGUCCCUAAUGCAACACAAGAUGCUCUAAUCAAAGAGCUUCAUGUGUAUAAAAAUGCAAUGGGGACUUUUGGUAAGCCUCAGGCUAUAAGAAACAGAGACAAAACAUCCCCUUCUGAAUGGUGGUCGGUAUUUGGUAAUCAUACUCCAAACUUGCAACAGCUUGCCAUAAGAGUAUUAAGUUUAACUUGUAGCGCAUCCGGAUGCGAGAGAAAUUGGAGCGUGUUUGAACAUAUUCAUACCAAAAAGAGGAAUAGGCUUGAACUAUCGCGUCUCAACAAUCUAGUGUACAUUAAGUACAAUAGAACAUUGAGGCGUCGUUAUGAUGUUGGCGAUACCGUUGAUCCAAUUCUGUUGGAUAAUAUUGAUGAAGCAAAUGAAUGGUUAAUUGGAUGCCCCCGAAAUGAAGAAGAAGAACUAGUAUAUGAGGGAUGUGAUCUUGAUUGGGGUACUGUUUCUAGGGCGUCUGGAGUUGAGGAGAAUAUCUAUGGUCUUAGGGGCGGUUCUUCAAGUUCAAGGUCACAUAACAAGGGCAAAGGAGUAGCUACUACUACUACAAGCUCAAGUCGGUCUCGGUGCUUAAUUGAUGAAAACUCCGAGUCCGAGACCGAGACCGAUACCGAGCCCGAGCCCGAGGAGGAAGAAGAUGAGGAACAAUAUAAUGUUGAGAAUCUUGGAUAUCAAGAAUUUGGAAUUCUUGAAGAUCUUGAAUUUGAAUAGACUUUUAGUAUUGCACUAUUGCUUGAAUUUUAGUGUUGCUUGUCUUGUCACUUAUGAAUUAUUGAGUCAUUGACUCAUUCAAGUUCUAGACUUUUAGUAUCUACUAUCUACUUUUAAUUUUUGAAUUGAAAUAUUUGCUAAUAUGUUAUUGCUAGUGAGAUUUUGAUUAUUUA